AUGAGCGUGGCGGGGAAGCAGCCUCCUCCAGCACCGCUCGAACGGCCCGGCAGCCUCCUCGUCCCCACCUGGACUAAAACUGGUAUUGCAUUGUUGUAUGAUGAAGUAUCUGAAAAUGCUUAUGACAUCCGACUGAAGCUUACAAAAGAGGUAUUAACAAUUCAAAAACAAGAUGUCGUCUGUGUUAGUGGAAGUGAUCACAGUGCAAAUCACAGAACUGUUACACUUCGUAGACAACCAGUUGGUGGCUUGGGCUUAAGCAUAAAGGGUGGUGCUGAGCACAAAGUUCCUGUCGUCAUAUCAAAAAUAUUUAAAAACCAAGCAGCUGAACAGACAGGAAUGUUAUUUAUAGGAGAUGCAAUAAUACAGGUUAAUGGUAUAAAUGUAGAAAGUGCUACCCAUGAAGAAGUGGUACACCUACUGCGAAAUGCUGGCAAUGAAGUUACCAUCACAGUUCAAUACCUCAGGGAAGCUCCAUCAUUUUUAAAGCUCCCAUUAGGUUCCCCUGGACCAUCCAGUGAUCACAGCAGUGGAACUUCAUCACCCCUCUUUGACAGUGGCUUACAUUUAAAUGGAAACUCAACUAACACGGCUCCAUCAUCACCUUCUUCACCCAUAGCUAAUGAACCAAAAUACGAGAAGCGCUGGCUAGACACCCUAUCAGUUCCUCUGUCGAUGGCUCGAAUCUCGAGGUACAAAACUGGAACAGAUAAAUUAAGAUCUAAUGCAUUUGAAGUGCUGGCACUCGAUGGAGUUAGUACUGGGAUACUUCAGUUUUAUACAGCCCAGGAGAGUGCUGACUGGCUGAGAGCAAUGUCAACUAACAUCAGUGAUUUGACACUUCAAAAUAUGAAAAUGGCAAAUAAAUGCUGUUCUCCCUCUGACCAGGUCAUACAUAUGGGAUGGGUAAAUGAGAGACUUGAAGGAACUGAUUCAUCUCAGCUCUACAAGUUCAAGUUUCUGGCCCUGAAGGGUUCAUCCUUCUACAUUUUCAGCACUCCACCGGUAAGCACACUAGACUGGGUACGAGCUGAAAAAAUCUAUAACCUCUGUGAGGUUCUAUUUAAAAUUCACAAGAUGAAGAAUCACAUACUGAAACAUAUCUUUCAGCUCUGGCUUGCUGAUGAUUGCUGGCUACAAGCAAACUUGUAUUUAGGUAUUCACCAGGACUUUGAUCUUGAAGACCAGAGGCCGUAUUGUUUCAGUGUUAUGGUUGGACAUGGCAAGAGCCACUAUUUCAACGUAGAGCUGGGCAGUGAAUUGGCAGUGUGGGAGAAAUCAUUCCAAAGAGCAAUUUUCUUGGAAGUUCAAAGAACAGGGUCUAAAACAUAUAUGUGCAGUUGGCAAGGGGAUACCCUGUGUUUCACAGUCGACUUUGCUCUAGGAUUUACCUGUUUUGACAGUAAAACAAAGAAUGUGCUAUGGAGGUUUAAAUUCUCUCAGCUCAAAGGCUCAUCAGAUGAUGGGAAAACAAGAGUAAAGCUGCUUUUUCAAAAUAUAGACACCAAACAAAUUGAGACAAAGGAACUUGAAUUUCAGGAUCUGACGUCAGUUUUACACUGUAUUCACUCCUUUAUAGCAGCAAAAGUGGCAUCUGUGGAUCCAGUAUUCAUAGACAGUCAGAGUAUUGCAAGAAAAUACAUGUACAGUAACUGA